AUGUCCCAACAAGCAUUUGUAUCUCGUAUAACCAAUGAAACUAAAAUUCAAAUUGCAAUUUCGUUAAAAGGCGGGCCAAUUGAAUUACCAAACUCCAUCCUACCCCCAAAACAAACCGUUGAAGAAGAUGUUGCAUCACAAAAGACCCAAUCCCAAGUUAUCAACAUUCACACAGGUGUUGGAUUUUUGGACCAUAUGAUUCAUGCCUUAGCUAAACAUUCUGGAUGGUCUCUUAUCGUGGAAUGUAUUGGUGAUUUACAUAUCGAUGACCACCAUACCACUGAAGAUUGCGGUAUUGCGUUGGGUACAGCAUUCAAUGAUGCCUUAGGUGCUGUCAGAGGUGUCAAAAGAUUUGGCACUGGGUUUGCCCCAUUAGAUGAAGCUUUAUCUCGUGCAGUUGUAGAUUUAUCAAAUAGACCAUAUGCAGUUGUGAAUUUAGGGUUAAAAAGAGAAAAAAUUGGAGACUUAUCCUGUGAGAUGAUCCCUCAUUUCUUAGAGAGUUUUGCCGAGGCAGCCAGAAUUACCAUGCACGUGGAUUGUUUGCGGGGUUUCAACGAUCAUCAUAGAAGUGAAAGCGCUUUCAAAGCAUUAGCUGUCGCAUUAAGAGAAGCGAUUUCUCCAAAUGGUACUAAUGAUGUUCCUUCUACAAAAGGAGUUCUAAUGUAA